AUGCGAUCGAAUGCGCGUGCGAUGGGUGUCUACGCGGCUGGGGCUCUGUUUGCCGCCGGCUGGUGGAUCUUCUUCGAUGCGUGCGUGCGCUCCGCGCACGCGCAGCGCGCGGCGCCGGGCGAGGCGGCGCCGCCGGUGGCCAUCAAGUUUGACGACUGGGCGCCCGGCCUGUGCACGAUGGCCGGCCUGGUCAUCGUGAACCUGGUGGACAAGCAGCACCUCUUCGACGACGGCGCCCUCGGCGACUGGGCGCACGACCCGGUCCUGUGGCGCGCACGUACCUGGCUGUUUGUCGGCUUUGCGUGCCUCGCGGGCGGCAUGGCCGGCAGCCUGGCCGUGCUCAUCAUCAAGUACAUGCUCAACGAGCACGCGGUGGGCUACGUCGAGCUGGGCGUCGCGGGCGUCCUGCAGAACGUCGCGAUGAUGGCCUGUGCCAUGGUGCUGUGGUUCAGCCAGCGCACCGAGAGCGACUAUGAAUACAACCUCACCCUGUAG